UUCAUCCCUCUGCAGUUCAGAAAAAGCAGACAACUCCACAGGCUGGAAGUCCUUCUCUAUUAUACAUGAUGAAGACAACCUGCAUUUCAAUGUGAAGAGCUGAUCCAACUCUAACUUACUUUUCACAAGUGAAUAGAUGCUUUGCCACGACUUGCUUUUGUUGGGUUCUUAAGAUUUAGAAGGUUCUUUGGUUACUCUGUGAUGCCCAACUUAUGAAAGUCUAGACACCAAAUAUUUGGAGUUGUAUGGUGACAUCCAUCUCUUGCUCUUCCUAUGGCUCCACGCAGGAUUAUGUUACUUCUUCUAUGUUUCAUUCAUUUCAUGGGUUCUAUCGCCCUUGGAGAAAGAAGCAAGAAUUUUAGUGCUCCUCCCGUUCAGCCAAUGGAAUCCUAUACAAGUUCAGAAGAGAAGAACCUGGAGGACGAGUCUGAGAACCAAGAGAACAUUUUAUCUCAGUUGCUGGGAGAUUAUGACAAGGUAAAAGCCAUAUCAGAGGGAUCGAAUUGCAAGUGCAAGUGUGUUGUAAAGCCAUUGAAUAGAGACUCAUGUGAACGAUCUAGGAAUGGAGUUUCCCAGCCAGAGGACUUCUACACAGUGGAGACCAUAACGUCUGGUCCAGACUGCAAGUGUGCAUGUGUGGCCCCACCGUCUGCCCUAAAUCCAUGCGAGGGAGAUUUUCGGCUCAAAAAGCUUAGGGAAACUGAGAAAAAUGGCUUCAAGCUCUCAACUAUUAUAGAAAUGUUGGAAGGGGCCUUCUAUGGGCUAGAUCUACUGAAGCUGCACAGUGUCACUACAAAAAUCGUUGGUCGCGUCGAGAAACUGGAAGAGGUUAUCUCUAAGAACAUCACAAAAGAGCAAGAGAAAAUUAAAGACCGUGUGGAUGGAAUCCUGAGUGAGAUAAAUAAUAAAGAGGAAAAUGCUACUGUCGACGAAAACCUCCGCAACAUCGGUAAAAUUCUACAGAGAGAUGCAGCUGCUGUGUACAGCUAUACACAUGAAAAGUAUGAAGAACAAUUUCUUAGAGAUGAACAGGCAAAGCCCCAUCCUGCACCACCACAGCAAGUGCAAAGGAGUCCACUCUCUCAAAGGCAACUUCAUGUGAGGCCAAAGCCAGCCCCAAAGCCUGUCAUCCGUGGGGUCACUUUUUACAAGGCCAAAGUUACAGAAGAUGACAGUGAACUGGAUGACCAACAAGAUGAUUCGUACAGUGGAGAUAAUACCAUCGACAUGUUGAUUGAGGAUCAGCUUCUAAAGCAUGAAUUCCAGCAAGCCAGUACCACAGAGGAUCUCAAUCCAACAAAAGAAACAUUGACCUCAAAUGAUAUUACAGGAUAUACAAAACUAUCCAACUUGUCUCAUAUGGAUAUUUCUACACCUUCUGCUGAGAACUUAGUAGACAAUGUGACAACCUCAGAAAUCACCGAACAAACCAGUUCUUUGCAGCAGACAACUACAGAACUGACUACAACAGUACAGAGUACAACCCCGGAACCUGAAACAACUAUACUCACAACACAUCCUAAAGAACCAUCAGUAGUCAUACAAACUACUCAGCCAACCAUAGCCACCACUGUCUACACAAGCGCAGUAACUCCAAUGAGUUCAGAUGCUCCAUCAACAAGCUCCAAAUCUUGGAAGACGGCUAAAAUGAUCAAACACACCACCGAUAGUAAUAAAGAAGUGGAAGACGAUCUCCAGAAAGUUAUUGGGCGAUGCAAAGAUACUCUGUCUACCAUAUCUGGUCCCACGACUCAAAACACUUAUGGACGCAAUGAAGGAGCCUGGAUGAAAGAUCCACUGGCAAAGGAUGAGAAAAUUUAUGUCACUAACUACUACUAUGGAAACACUCUGGUGGAAUUUCGGAAUUUGGACAACUUUAAACAAGGUCGUUGGAGCAAUUCCUAUAAGCUUCCUUAUAGCUGGAUCGGUACCGGACAUGUUGUCUACAAUGGAUCUUUCUACUACAACAGAGCAUUUACUCGCAAUAUCAUAAAGUACGACUUAAAACACCGAUAUGUGGCAGCUUGGUCUUUGCUGCACGAUGUGGUUUUUGAAGAGGCUACCCCCUGGAGGUGGAAAGGACACUCGGACAUAGACUUUGCCGUGGAUGAGAACGGUUUAUGGAUCAUCUAUCCGGCUAUUGACGAUGAAGGAUUUCUGCAGGAGGUAAUAGUCCUCAGCAAGCUCAACGCUCAGGAUCUUACAACCCAGAAAGAAACAACGUUUCGGACCGGUUUACGAAAGGAUUUCUUUGGCAACUGUUUUGUUAUCUGCGGUGUUCUGUAUGCUGUGGAUAACUACAACAAGAAAAACGCCAAUAUAUCUUACGCUUUUGACACCCAUACAAACACUCAGAUUAUUCCCAGACUACUUUUCGAGAACGAAUAUUCUUAUACGACACAAAUUGAUUACAAUCCAAAGGAUCGCCUGCUGUACGCUUGGGACAAUGGACACCAGGUCACCUACCAGGUGAUAUUCGCAUACUAAAGCUACCGACCAACCUUCAUUGUGAUAGCAGACAUUUUAUAGUUCCCACAAAUCUCUAUUGACCAAUGGCAAGUUGCAAUUUUGACAUCUUCGCAAGUAAACACUCCCUGGGGCAGAUUUACUAAUCCUGUCUAAUAUUUAGACAGCGUAAACUUAGACUAGACAGUCUGAAAAUGCUGUACAACGCCACGGUACAACGCCUAUCAGUUGGCUUGCUUUACACCAAUAUUUAGUGUCAAAAUUUGAGCCUUCUUUGCAGCAGGGCUCAAGUUCUGCAGAAAAGCAUGGGAACAGAGUUCCUGCACUUUUUCAGCAGCAGGAACACUGUUCCCAUUAGCAGAAAUCCUGCAGGACCAUCUUUUGAGUGGAAAUCUUGGGUGACUUGCCACUCUUUUUACACGACUUGACCCCUGCUUUGCAGCAUUUAAAGGGGUUAUCCAGCAAAAAUUGCAGUGGUGUCCCCCUUAACCUAGCAAUGUCAUGUAUUGUCUGCAGCUCCGGGAGGUAAAGUGCAGUGAACACCUGUCGUGUCAAUAACGGGACUGCCGGGGAGUGAGGGAGGUAAGUAGAGUUUUUUUUUUUAUUUGAUUAGAAAAUUUUGCUGGACAAUCUCUUUAAGACAUGUGCCCUUUCAACAGCCACACUUUUUUUUGGUAGCAAGGUGCAAAAAAAAUUCUAAAAACUUAGUAAACAUUGACCAUGACAUGGAUACAAGUUUUUGGGUGCAAAUUGGGGCAUUUAUUUUAGUAAAUCUCCCCCACUGUGUGUGUUUAGUUCAAGGUAGAUUGGUAUACUCUACCAUACUUAACUUCUGUGCUGUUAAUGUUUCUUAACCAGGGUGCCGCCAUCUGUUGCAAAUACUGCUGGUUGGGAAAUACUGCAAUAAGGGAUUCACCAACCAUUCUAUACUAUGUGUUCCUGAAUAUAAGGUUGCUCAAUACGAAUGAAGAUUAAGAGGAGUAAAGGAGUAAUAAGUUUAUGUAGUUUACAAAACAUAAUUUGCACAAAUAUUUAAAAUCCAUUGUAUAAACUCACAGCCUCACGCACCAAAACCUAUUGAACAUCCAAUGAUAAAAAAAAGUACAGAACAUCUCGUAAACCCAUUGCGUAUUACUAGAAAAUGCCAUCGCUUUAUGAUUGGUGGAGGUUUGUCCAAUGAGAGGGAUGUGGCACCGGUGUAGCAGUGUACCGGUGUCCAUCCCAUUCACUACCUUAUAUCCCACUAUAAACUAAAGGCCUAUUCUAAUGAUACAUCAUCACUUUACAAGAUGGAAAUAAACAUUUACGGAACAAAUUGUAACACACAGACAACAUAAGGAAGAUGUCCUUAAGGUCUUCGUAUGUACAUUCGAAUACUGCAACAGAUAAUGCAAAAAACCUGCUUGUUCAAACUAAAGAUUUUAUAUUGGGAGAAAUUCAAUUAAAAUUUUUUUUUAAAAAGGGACGACCUGCCUUUGGCAAGAUUUCUUAGUUAUAUUAGAAGAUGCAUUUUGAACUUUAAUCCCGUUUAUAAUACCCGAGAAGAGAUUUAUUGAUCUCCAAGCAUAUCAGGUCCAUGCAACAUAGUCACACAUAUUGAAAUGGAGCCAUUUCAUGGCUAUUUUUUGUUGGAGUUCCCUUCCUCUAACUACAAGUCCCAAGAUUCCUUGUUUGUAAGUGUGAGGUCACUUUUCUCCCUCCCACACAUCAGCCAUCCCACCCAUUGAAGCACAGGUGACCUGCCUUCCAUGCUGUGCUGUGAACAACAGACCAGUGUUUUCUAACCAGGGUGCCUCCAGCUGUUGCAAAACUACAAUUUAUUGCAGAAUCAUUUCCUUCCCACCCAGAGGUCACUCCACCCAUUGAAGCAGACAGGCUUCUUUGAACACCUGACUAGUGAUGUAAUGUCUUGGGCUGCACUGCAACCUGGGAAAACCUAAGACCGCACUCAUUUUGUAUGCUGUUUAAAAUAAACAUUAGGGCAACAAUCACAUAAGAAUUGCGAGACCACCAUGAAACAUGGACCAGACACUAUAAUAUGAACUAAACUAACAGACCCUGUAGCAUAGUCAAAUACAAAUCCUGGAAUACCUCUUUGAAGAGAAUUUCUGAGAUUGGAAAAAAAAUCUGGCAAUGGGGGAAAGGACAAAGGAACCAUUAUUCACUCAAUAAAUUCCCUGUGGUUCCAUUGUCACCUAUCUUGUCUACGGUGCUUAAGCACUUAUGUGUCCAUAUGCCAAUACUGAUCCCAUCACAGGUAGGACACAGCGCAUCCGCAGUGUAUUUCCCACUGCGGAUGUGCCUGCCGCCAGCAGUCACAGAGAGACUGCAGAGCAAGCUCCCUGUGGCCGGGUAGCUCUGUGUGUCCACUCGUGACUGCCGGCGUGACGUCUGCCACUACGAGAAGACACACACAGAGCUACCUGGCCACAGCUUGGAGCUCGCUCUGCAGUCGCUCUGUGACUUCUAGUGGCAGGCACAUCUGCAGCGGGAAAUACACUGCGGAUGUGCUGUGUGUGUCCUACCCUUAUGAAGAUGCCAAUAUGGAGCACUUAAGAAUGGAUGCUUCUGAUGGUUUCCAAAGCUUUCUGUACAUUUCUAUAACAACUCUGUAGCUAUGAUCUAAAAUCACAAAUGUGAAUCCCUUGUCUUUGCAUAUUAGUAUAUCUAUCGUAGAUUAGGAAGUAGUAUCUUUAUAUAUAUAUAUAUAUAUAUAUAUAUAUAUACAUAGGCACAAAGCCAUGGUAACUAGACUAUGGGCACCCCCAUAGUUUACACCGCUGACUGUAUUCAUAGCACAUGAAAAGAACUCACAAUAGAAGUAAAGCUUUAUAUUGCAAUGUUACCUUUGACCCUUUGUGACAACACAGUUUUAGUGAUCAAUAUGUAGAAAAAGUACAGAGCUCUUCCAGGACUGUACGUAUGUUGCUUUGAGAAGUAUGAGAAAAGAUGUUACAUGCAACAAGGAAAUGGCAAUUUUGACCCAGCUAUAAGGUCCUUUUAGUAAACCGCAUAUAACUAAGGCUAAGUUCACACGGGAAUUUUGUUCCAACACAUAAACCUCUUUUUUUGUAGUAUUGUUUUCUCCGCCAAACUCCUGUCCUUCUGACGGACUGAUCUACAGAGCUCCCUUAAAGGGGUACUCCAGUGGAAAUUUUAUUUUCCUAAUUGACUGGUGCCAGAAAGUUAUACAGAUUUGUAAAUUACUUCCAAUACUUACCAGCUGCUGUAUACUUCACAGGAAGUUGUGUGGUUCUUUCCAGUCUGACCACAGUGCUCUCUGCUGACAUGUUUCAAACAAGUUCUGUGUGUACUAAUUAUGCUGCCCAGGUACAGAGUUUCCCCUACUCCUAUAGCAACAAUUCAACAGUGUCCAUGGGCCACAGCUUCACUUCAA